UUUACAAAUAUCAAGUGAUCAAUAGUCAAAACUAAAGAACAAUGAAGGUGUUCGUCUUGUUGGUAGCCGCUUUCGUUGGCUGUGCUCAGGCCGUCGUUGAUGGAGAGUUCGCCGAGAAGGGCCAGUUCCCGUAUCAGGUGGCGCUGACCCACAAGGGAAAGCUGCACUGCGGAGGCGUGCUGGUCCAUGAGCGAUUCGUGCUGACUGCUGCGCACUGCUUCUUCGAUGGAGAGACGCAGUAUCCAGAAAAAGCUUUCCGUGUCUUCUUCGGUAGCGAACGGUUGAUGAUGGGUGGACAGUUCCGUAAUGUCAAGACCUUCUACGUCCAUGAAGAGUUUGACCAUCAAACCUUCAAGUACGAUCUGGCUCUGAUUGAACUGAGCAAACCAGCUCAAUUCAGUGAUUAUGUUGAGUUCGUGACUGUCAAUGGAACGCCAUUCGCUUUCGAUGAUUCGGUCACCUUCACUGGUUUUGGACGUACGUCGGAAGAGGGGAACACCAGCUACAAACUCAAGUACAACACGUUUACCGCUUUCACUACCGAAGAGUGCAAGAACUACCUGGGAGAUGCCUUCUACGAGGGAGCCCUGUGCUUCCACAACCAGGAAGGUCACAGCGGUGCCUGUUUCGGCGAUUACGGAGGUCCAGCUGUGUUCGAAAACUCUGUGGUCGGUGUUGCCAGCUAUACCUUCGGUGGAGCUUGCGGAGGAGAACAACCUGACGUGUUCGUCGAUGUUGGUUUCUUCCACGAUUGGGUCGAGGAAAAACUCAGUGCUUAGAUAUUUUCCAAAGUUCUACUGUUUACUAAUCGAAUU